GUCAAGCUUUCCUGUCCAGUCGGUGUCCAAGAUGUUUCGCGACGGGAAAUCCGAUUCGGGGAAACCGACCCGAUUUGAGGCGCAAGUCGUCUCCUUUGGGGAUGCGCAUAAUCUACAAGUGGACCGACUAUUCACCUUAAAUGAUAAGUUUAAGGAUAAGGACGUCGACUCGGCGCCGUUCGAAAACCAGGCGGCGCAAUAUUGGAAAAUCUUCUUUGAUUUUUCCUACUACACGCUGCUCACCCCGUUCCGCUAUUCAUGGGACAGGAACACUGGACUCUAUAAAAUGAAGAAGAAACGAAGGCAGAUUUUCCUACAGCGAGCCCUUUACGCCUGCACGACAGUGUACUUCAUCUGCCGGGUGUUGAAAAUGUCCAAAAUGGACCCGAUUCAGAAUCCCGAUCUGUAUUUCCAAGUGGCGUACUACUUUUUCGAUACGACCUUCCUGGCCGUCCUCUUUAUCUGGUUUGGCUUCCAGGCGCACAAGGUCACCGACGUGUUUCACGACCUUCAAGUCAACAACCACAAGUACUACCGGAAUUACAGGAAUUCUCGAAAGGCUCGUCGAAUUUCGGCCAUCAUCUGCAUCGGCUGUUUGGGAACUUUGGUCCUCCAAAUUCUGGAAACUUUUCUGGACCACGGAUGGAGCUGGUAUGGUUUUUGGGAUUACUGGAUGGAGGACGCGGCCUGGGCGCUGGGCGUGCGACCCAUCACCGACCUCUGCCCCAUCUGCUUCGGGCUGCUCGCCAUCACGGGCAGUUUGCUGGAAAAGCUGUUCAACGCCUUUUCCGACGUCCUCUUCACCAUGACGGUCCUCAUGUUCAGCAAUCUGGUCGACAGCUUCGCGGCAGACAUGCGCCGGACCACGCUGAGCAGUCCGAAUCCGCUGGAUCCAAAUGAGGUUUUGGAGCACUACUGGUGGCUCAAGGCCAUCACGAAUAAAAUUAACUACGCGAUGGCUCUAAUCAAUGGCGCUUUUAUCGCGGGAAAUCUGCCCUUUUAUGCGACCAACGUGUUUGAAGUGGGGAACGGAGACGCUAACAUCUUCAUGCGGAUGCGCUACACGUUUUACUGCAGUUACUGGUAUCCGUCCCUCUGCAUUGCGGCUGCGGCGAAUCAACGGUUUCGAUUCGUUCGAUCGUGGAUUUGUAAGGAGGAAAACUAUUCUCGCAUUCCUGACAAGAAACUUCGCGUCUUUCUGCACGAGGUCAACUAUCAAACCGUGGGAAUUGGUUCGUUCGGAAUAAUCACCGUGACCUGGUCAACCGUUGGAUCGAUCCUCAGCAUAAUCGUGUCGUACGCCAUGAUGAAGUCUCAACUCGCCGCUGUCGCCCCGGUCGAGGGAGACUCUGCUGCCAACGCGACCAGCCUAAUGCAAAAUUUGACGAGAAGCUUGUGGUGAUCUGGUGACCAAUUGGAUGACAAAUUUAUCCCCUAAAAAGGGAAAUCUGCCAGCGUACGUUUUCCGAUUUUGACAAAAACUAGCACGAAUCUACUGCAAAUUAAGUUAAAUUACAUCACGUGAUCUCCAAAUGGGAAGAUAUUUGCAUCCGAAGAGGAGAAAAUUCACAGCAAUUUUUUCUAUACUGAUGAAUUUGUCCAUCCACGUUUUCUCCUCCACGGAUACAAAUAUCUUCGAUGAACGUAAGCAAUGGGGGAUCGUGAGAUUUUUAAAUUUCAUCCUAUUGUUUGUCCAUUAUUAUUAGUCGCAAAAGCAGGAUAAUUUUUAUUUGGCCAUAUAUUACUUAAAUAAUUUCAUCAUUGCCAACAAUAGCGAAACCGUUACAAAAUAAAAAGACCAGGAUGAUAUAAAAAUUUGUGUUCACGAAAAUUUAUUUUACCUGUCAGGUAACCUCUCAGAAUUUUUAAUAAUAAUCGAUAAACAGUAAUCCAAUUUGGGAGAGAUUGAUGCUUUUUUCGUUGAAAUUUGAGAGCACGCAUUGGGAAGCCUCCAUCCUUAGUUUUACGAUCGUAUUGCCAUACGUACGUAGAAAUAAUUAUGAGAAUGUAUUGCUAGAAAUUAUAUUUAUUUAAUAUAAAUAAAAUAACAGGAUUUACGACUUUGAUAAUUUUCGGGCUUCUAAAAAAAUCGAGAGGUGAUGGGAAGGUGAAAAUAUAUUUCGUUUCUUAAAUUAAGGUUUAUGUAUGUAAAUUAAAAUUUAAGUAAGACUAGUAAAACUAAUGAAAAUAUGUUAACAAAUAAAUUCUCCUGUCACAAGAAAAUAAAACGGGUAAAAAACCAUGGGUGUAUUUAUUUACUCUUCAUUUUUUCCCUGGAUGUUACAAAUUUUCAAUCAUAACUAUGAUUGAACACACAUAUGUGGAAGUAUGUAUUAUUGAAAAUUUGACCACCGACGCGUCGUGGGUCAAGUAAUAUUUACAGCUAUAAUGAUAUUUAUUGCGUAACAUUAUUGUCAAUCAUUACAUAUGCCGACUUGGAAGUUUUGCGUACGUGACCACCGUUUGUCUAUAACUUCCCUCUCAAACAAUUUAACGGUGUCACUCGAUCACACUCAAGUAUUGUAUUCUAUUCUCAAAUGUCACUUAUUUUCCUGUUGUAUCUAACAAAUUGAAUAAUGUUAAUCCAGAAUGUUUUAAAACUUAUGUAGAUACAUAGAUAAGCAAUCCUGUCAUCAAGACUUUUACAUCGGGUAGAAAUAAAGGAAUUUAAAAUGUCCAUUAUAUUGAAA